AUGGACUAUUUCAGGAGCGGAGUGCUGCUGGCUCUAUGUUGGUUCAAUACUGGCGAAGCGAGCGCGAGGCACGGUCAAGGUUACGGGCAGUACGCGUACGCUGCUAUUCCUUUGCACUCACCGCUGCCCGUGCUGCAACUUUUGUCGCCGCAGCCCAUCCAGAAGUACAUGAUGCCUAAAAGGCCGCGUUACCCGACGAUGGCUUCCGCUUCAUUCCCUAAUAGAGACCUCCAAGGGUAUGCCUCCGCGCACAUGGAAUACUAUGAGCCGUAUGAAUAUCCCGAUUCUGGAUCUUCCCAGUCAUUAGGCGCGUCCGAAGAGGACGCUCAGGCUGUGGUGGUAUACGCGCGUCCUAACAGCAAAGGCGGGUACACGUACCACAAACGCCCCACGGCAGAGCCGACCCCCACACCGAGGCCGAAAAGGGAACCUAUCGUCUUUAGAAUUCACAAAUACAAAAUAACCCGGGAAUAA